GGCCCGGGCGCUGGACGGCGGGAGCCGUUAACGGCCACGAACUUCCCAAUGGAGAUAAAGGCAGCCAUCAAAAGAUAUGAAACAAGGAGGAAGACAGGAGGGGCAGAACCACCAUCCAAGUCCCGAGUUGACUGGAGACGCACUAAGCGGGAGAUCAUCUUGCUGGGCAGCGAUGAAGAGUCCUCGUUUACCUCUGAUGCUGAAGGAUCUGCCACAUCGGAAGAGGAUGUAGAUGAAAAAGAGGAGAUUGUUGUGAUUAGUAACCUUUCAGAUCAUGAAGAGAAAAGCCAUAACGGAGCUGUAACAGAGGAUGCUGAGGAUGAGCACAUCACGCCUGGGAAGCGUAAAAGGUCAAGCGCUUCCGUACUGUAUGACAGCGAUGAAAGUGAGGACAGUGAUAUCCUUGUUAGAAAAGUUUUUGCCAAACGCCACUGUAUAAUGGAUGAAGAUGAGAGUUCUCAAGAACAGCAACCUGAUAAAACCUGCCAUGUAGAAAACAUUUCUACUAAUAGGAAACAGCAAGUGUUAGCAAAAUUGAAAGAACUUGCAAGACAAAGAGCUUCUCAGGCAUCCUCUAGUAGUGGAUCUUCUGAGGAUUCAAAUGCUGAAGUAGAAGAGGAACCACUCUCUCCUUUGCCCGUCACAUCAACAGAAGGUAGUGAAGCUGACAAUGAUAGCAUGAAAGAUUUUAUAGAUGAUGAUGAAGAAGAGGAAGAUGAUGAUGACACUGAUGACAUAAGGAAUGAAAAACAGCCACAACAGAAAGAACUAAAUCAAAUAUCAAAUCGCCAGUUGCUGGAAUACUACGUCCCACACUUAACACGCUGUAGUCAUUAUGUACACUUCCAAAGAAUAGUAAAGGCCUUCCUCAUAAAUGCUAUUGAUGAUACUUUUCUGAGCUCAUUAUAUGAUGGAACAAGACAAAAGAAGUAUGCCCAGGAUAUGUUAACCUCACUUCAUUAUCUGGAUGAUCGUUUCAUUCAGCCUCGUCUUGAGAACUUAAUAUCUAGAAGUCGCUGGAAAGAUCGGUAUAAGGAGCGUGUAGAUUGUUACCCAGAUGCUCACAUAAUCAUGAAAAAUCCCCAGUAUACGUCUUGUCAGGCCUGUGAGUUGAAUCGGUACUGCAAGUUCGAUGUGUUCCUCUCUGGAAAGCUUUAUAAUAGUAGAACUUUGGAAGCAGAUGACUUCAUGUCACAUGACAAACAGGUUUUGAGGGUUGGCACAGUCUGUGCGGAUCGCACAAGAGUUUAUCAUAAUCUGAAGCACUUCAAGUACAAGUUGUAUGUGGAUUGCAGCUCUGUUGCCGAGCUCGAUGGUGUUGAGGAUGAGCCAGUCAAAGACACAGUGGAGCGACUUUUCAGCCACCUGGAAGGCAGCGGGUGGAUUCGGAAGAGAUAUGAUGAUCUUGAAAACUACAUGAGUGAUGCAGAUGAUUUCCAAGAAGAGAAAAUGGAUUGAGUAGUCAGGCAGCCCUUUGGAAGAGGUUUUGUAAAAAUUUGAAAGGGCCAUUUUAUCUUCAUGCACAGUGUCCAUGCUUGAUCUUCAAGAUUCCUUUUAGGCUGUAUUGUGCAUAAAUCUGAAUGUCUGUAAAUUACCUUUUAAGAAUAUGCUGUAUCUC